CUCAUGUGAAAAACAAAGGUUUCAACAAGUCCUUCAACACAACAUAAAAAAUGUCUCGAAAUCUUUUGACGUUCUUAUAUCAAACAAGGACACUACAACUAGCUUGUAGACGUCCUGCGAGUAUUAUUUUCACUCAAAGAGCUGGAGUUGCGACUUCGACGAGACGACUUAGAAAAGUCGAUAAUUCUGAAAUUCCUUUCGAGUUUGACGACGAGGAGACAAUAAAUGCAAAUGAAACUGAGAUUGAACGACAAGGAACUUUGACGCCGACGGAAACAGAGAUUUUUAAGGGGAUUUUUGACGAUAUUGCUCAAGGCCGCUUAGCCAAAACCAAAAAGCCUUCUCAGUCUGACCAAACUCAACCUACAAGUUCAACACCAAACCAACAUCGACCAGAUGCGGCACGUGGAGGAAACACACUUGUCGAAAAGGCCCACAACUCGAAUUUCAGCGAUGACUUCCUCAAGCGUUACCCAGCAUCUCUUCGAAGAGCUGCCGAGAAUGCUCUGGGCAAAUUCGAACUUGCACCAAAGCGCCCCAAUCUUUACAGCUUGACUGAGCUUGAUCAGGCUGAGAAGAAGCAGAUGCGUGAGUGGGCAAAGUAUGAGCAGAUUAGGGAGAAAGAGAAGAAUAGAGUGCUGGAUCUCAUGAAGGCCUGUGAGACUGACAUUGAUCUUUGGAAUGUCAUGGAGGAAGAGGUAUUCUCCUUGCCUGGAAAGCUGGGUAUUGUCCAGAAAGACACAUCGGUAAAGAGGGGUCGGAAAUCCAAAGAGCAAGUUGCCAAGGAGGAGGCUGAAAAGGUGAAAGCCGAGAAAGCAAAAAAGACAGAAGGGGAGAAGCCUGUUAUGGAUAUACACGGACAUCUGUACUCUCAGUAUCUCAACUAUGGCCUCGAUCUCUUCGACACCGCAUUUGCGAGAUCAUCUAUCCUCGCAUUCAACAUCCUCCCACGAAUCAAGGAACUCGGCCUGUCCUCCUACGUCCUUGGCGUCUCAACCACCUUUUUCAUCAGACUCGCUGAAAUCCAUUGGAAGCGCUACGGCGAUGCUACAUCAGCCUUUGACGCUCUUGAUGAGAUGAAACCAGUCGGUUUAUUCCCAAAUGAACAGCUCGGUGAUCUCGAGGGGUUGGUUGAGCAGAUAUCAGACCACUUGCAUAGCUGCACCUGGGGUGCUCAGGGACCUUUUGUUAUGGCUAUGAUGCAAGGCCCUCCCUAUGAUGCCAGUCUUAUGAGUCGCCUGGGGCGCAUGAAGGGGCUGAUUGCGAAGAAGCACUUUUACAACGAGAGAGACGGUCGAUCUAAGGAUCGCUCAGAUCGAGCUGAGUUGUGAGCAUCUAGAGUUGGAACGAUGUGUGAAUAAUUGUAAGAUUACGAUGUUUGGAUAUGUAUCAAAAUGUAUUUUAUGGUCUGAUAGCUACCGGGUACCAACAGAAUGCUACAUUGAGUUUAUUUGUA